AAAGAAGCGACGCAAGAGAGGUUCCGUGUGAGGCCAUGCUUAUGGCGGAUGGAGAUUGCGCAGGCCAUCCUGCGGGGCGCCAAGGACAUAGUCUGCACAGCGGGGACGGAGACGGGCAAGACCUUACCGUUCUGGUUGCCGCUCUUAUUC